GUGGUGAGUUCUCUCUCCUGCCUCUCUCUGAACCUCAUUUAAGAAGGCAGGCAACGGGAAGGCCUCAUUACUAUGGCUGCUGCAGGUUUUUUUCCUCCGAGGCCACUCCCACAAGUCCUAGUUUCUACAGGACCGGGCAUCUAUGAGGAUGAACAUCAUACACUGUGGAUAGUUGCCAAACUGGAAACUUGUUCUCAUUCACCAUAUUGCAACAAGAUCGAAACAUGUGUAACUGUCCACUUGUGGCAGAUGACCAGAUUCCCUCAGGAGCCUAGUCCCUUCAAUCCCAUGAAUUUUAACUUUCUACCCAUGACGUGGAGAUUAGAGUCCAUGAACACAUACCGGGGAUCAGAUGCCAUGCACUGGAGACUACUGAAUCAUUCCCAGGUUGGUGACACAGUGCAACUGAUCCUGAUGCUGGAGUAAAAGUCUUGAUAGCCUGGCUGACUCCUGCCCCUGUACCCUCGGGGUAGACUUUGCACACACCCCUCUGCUUGUUCCUCAAGUUUCUAGUUUUAUAGCACCUUCUGCCAUGGUUAGACCUGCUUUUUAGAUGAUCUACUUUCUGUGAGCCUGGCCUAUCUCUGUCCUGACUGUUAUCCCUAGCUGGAGACAAACUGCAUCUUCUCUUGCCCACUUUGUGCCUCUGACCCUGACCUUAUAGAUGGCUUUUCUUAAGACCCCUCCUCCAUUCAAACUCCUCCACCUGGGCUUUUAGUGCUGUAUGUGGCAAAAGAUUUGUCCCCAUUUACUGUAGGUGGUCUACAGGUGCCUCUGGAGGAGGUACAGAUAGGGACUCUAUGUAUGCCCUGUGGGCCUCUGACCUAUCACUGGCAAGAAUUUCACCUGGUGCUGGGUAGAGAACACUCAGUGCUCAGUAGCUUGAAGGCACAGCGGGAGACUAUCAGAGAACAUCUGGAGUACUUGUCCAGGUGCUCAGUUCCUUGGCUCCAGGAAGUGAUGCUGACACUAGGCCCCUCCCACCCCAACUUGUUUUUAACUAAUUAAACUUCACUGUUUUUACUU